AACUUUAUAGACGAUUUGCGGGUCUAUGUAAGAGGAGGAACUGGUGGAAUGGGUUAUCCUCGCCUAGGUGGGGAAGGAGGGAGAGGUGGUGAUGUCUGGUUCGUGGCCCGAGAAAGAACGACCCUGAAGAGUAUUAAGGAAAGGUAUCCCCAGAAGCGAUUUGUAGCCGGACCAGGAGCCAACAGCAGUGUUAAAGCACUGAAAGGUGAUAAAGGUAAAGAUUGUGAAGUUCAUGUGCCUCCGGGAAUUUCAGUGCUUUGUGAUGAUGGCAAGCAGAUUGGAGAGCUUAAUGCAGCGGGAGAGAGAUUCCUAGCAGCUCGUGGGGGUCUUGGAGGCUCUUUGGCCACAAACUUCAUUCCUUGCAAAGGUCAGAGGAGAGUUGUUCGUCUUGAUUUGAAACUUAUAGCAGAUGUUGGCUUAGUUGGGUUUCCAAAUGCAGGAAAAUCAUCCUUGUUAAGCAAGAUUUCUCAUGCUAAACCUGAGAUUGCAAAUUACCCGUUUACAACAGUACAGCCUGAACUAGGAAAAAUCAUGUAUGCAGAUCACAAGCAGAUUUCAGUAGCUGAUCUCCCAGGACUGAUUGAAGGUGCACAUGCAAAUAAAGGGAUGGGCCACAAAUUUCUCAAACAUGUGGAAAGAACUAGACAGCUUCUCUUAGUUGUUGAUAUUUCUGGGUUUCAACUAUCUGUUAAGACUCAGUUCAGAACAGCCUUUGAAACUAUAUUGCUUUUAACAAAGGAAUUGGAGCUGUACAAAGAGGAACUUCUAACAAAGCCUGCACUUCUUGCCAUUAAUAAAAUGGAUUUGCCUUGUGCAAAAAAUAACUUGAAUGAACUCAUGAAACAACUACAGAAUCCUCAAGACUUCUUACACUUACUAGAGGAAGAAAUGAUUCCUGCAAAAACACUUGAAUUCAAAGAUAUAAUUCCUGUAUCUACAUAUACUGGAGAAGGAAUUGAGGAACUGAAAGCACGUAUAAGAAAAUCUGUGGAUGACGAAGCAGAGCAGGAGAAUGAAGAAUAUCGGAAAAAGAAACUGCUACUUUUACAGACUUCAGAAGAACAACAAAUGAGUAGGAGCUAGCAUUCUUGACUGGA